AUGCCGUAUCUCAAGCUGCGAGAUGGAGCCGAGCUCUUCUACAAGGACUGGGGCAACCCCAAGGGCCCCAUCGUCACCUUUUCGCACGGCUGGCCGUUGAGCAGCGACAACUGGGAGAACCAAAUGGUCUUCCUGGCCGACCACGGGUUCCGCGUCAUCGGACACGACCGCCGCGGCCACGGUCGCUCCACGCAGACAUGGCACGGAAACAACAUGGACACAUUUGUCGACGAUCUCGAGGAACUCUUCAAACACCUCGGCGUCAAAGACGCAGUCAUGGUCGGGCACUCCCACGGCGGCGGCGAGGUGACGCAUUACCUUGGAAAGCACGGCACCAGCCGCUUCAAGAAGGCCGUCCUCGUUUCAGCCGUGCCGCCGUUUAUGCUCAAGACCGAGGCCAACCCGCAGGGCACCGACAAGUCCGUCUUCGACUCGUUCCGGCAGGCCAUGCACAAGGACCGCAGCCAGUUCUUCCUGGAUGUGCCCACCGGCCCCUUUUUCGGAUUCAACCGGCCCAACGCCCACAAGAGCGAGGGCCAGAUCCGGAGCUGGUGGCAGCAGGGAAUGAAUACUAGCUUCAAAACCGCCUACGACUGCAUCAAGGAUUUUUCCGAGACCGACUUUACCGAGGAUCUGAAGAAGAUUGAUAUUCCUGUCUUGGUGCUUCACGGCGACGACGACCAGGUUGUUCCGAUUGAGGCUGCUGGGUUGAAGUCUGUCAAGCUGCUGCGCCAUGGCAAGCUCAAGGUUUACCCUGGGGGAUCGCAUGCAAUUCACAAUCUUAAUGUCGAUGAGGUGAAUAAGGAUUUGCUAGACUUUAUCAAGUCGCACUAA